AUGUUAAGAAUUUUAAAAAAUGAUUCAUUGAGAAUUAGAUUCAAAACAGCUUUUACAUAUUUAAAUUUUAUAGUAUUAAGAAUUGGCUCCAUAAUUAAAUUAGAAUAAUUCCUUAAAAAUAUUUGCAAUUGUGGAGGGAUUUAAAUUUUAGUUAUUUUACAUCAUAAAAAAUAUAAGCAAUCAAACAAUUAAGGAUAUUAAAAUUAGUUAUGUAUUCAAUUCAGAUAUUUAUUAAUCAUUUUAAAUAAUAUAUUUAUAGUCAUUUUUUUAUAACAAAAUACUCAAAAAAUUUUGAGUGUUAUCUCACAAAUAUUCACGAAAAUGGUUUAAGUGAUACUAUUAAAAUCAUUUUGUAUAAGGAAUCAAAAUUAGUUAUCUUAACCUCAAUUUAAUUGCGAAUAAGUGAAUUAGUAUUAAACUAUCUUCAAUUAAUUAACAUUUAUAUGA